AUGGGCGAAGCGUGGUGGAUUCCUACAAUCAUCGAUCCUGGAAGCGGGAGGCUCACGACCGCCUUAUUUGAGCUGUGCAAGCCCCACUGCAUUGUUGUCGACCGGCAAGGGUCAAGACUCUUCUCCGAGGCCGACCCGUACGGCGACGUGGGUCGUGCGCUCUAUCAUCGGUCUCGACACGAUGACACCACUGCCUGGCUGAUACUUGAUUGGAGCUACCGGAGUCGGUACACUCUAGGGUCGCUUGGCCCUAGGGUCGAGCCGGUUGACGCCCUAGCUCGUGGACACAUCUUCCGGGCAGACGACUUGGCCAGUCUCGCAGCUCAAAUCGGCGUCGAAGCCAACGGUCUGUUACGGACGGUUGAGACGUGGAACCAGGCGUGCAACGACGGAGUCGAUGGGCUAUUCGGCAAAGGCCGCAGCAAGAAACACCUCUUCGUUGGGGACAGAAACGCAAAGCGACCAAACAUGGGAAACCUUGAUGAACCCCCAUAUUAUGCCGUGAAGGUGACUCCGGGAGACGCGGGCACCAAAGGCGGCCUGCUGACGGACGGACAUGGGCGCGUGGUAGAUACACGUGGCAACGUCAUUGGCGGCCUAUACGCGGCCGGCAAUUCAUCGGCGUCGGUCAUGGGUGCUACGUCGCUGGGAGCCGGGGUCACUCUCGGCCCAGCUAUGACAUUGGCUCAUCUUGCGGUACUCCAUAUGUCCGACAGGCGGAAGGCUAGGGGCGAGCGAGGCUUUUCCUUACCCGGUCAGGAAGGUAGCGAUAAAGAUGCAUAG